UUCUGUUCCAUCCUCCCACUCCUGACAAGAGCACUUUAAAGACAGAGAGUACCCACUUUUAAUCAGAAGACCCUAGCAGACCCAACGCUGAGCAGGUGUUCCCUACAUGGUGAAUGAGCCCCCAUUUCACUGCCAAGGAGAUCCAGCCAGGAGGGGUAAUAUGGAGCUCACACGCCACUUUCCAAGCCUCUUGGCCGCUCAAAAGGCGGUGCCGCCAGAGUUUGCCUUCGCGCGCGCGAGUGUGGUCCCAACUCUGAGGACCGAAGCCGCUCACCAGUGGCUCCACUCCGGCUGCCCGCGCCCAGCAGGAUCGAGGCCUCCGGGCCGUUCCACCCGGGUGCGCGCGGCUCUCGCCUCGGCCCCGCCUUCCCUGCCCAAGUCCCGCAACUCACCGCCCGACCCUCCUGCGGGAUGCGCGCGGCGAGGCGUCCGCCCGCAGCUCCGGGCUAGCUCAGAUCUGCGCGCGGCGGCCUUUCCUCCCCUCGGAGGUGGGUCUGGCGGAGCCGCAGCUGUUACCCGGAGACCGAGGGGCGGAAAAAACUGCGCCCGCCGCCCGCCCCUCCCGCCGCGGCGCUGCCUCCGCUGGGAACAAAGGAGACAAAGCCGCGUCGGCCGGCCCGGGCUCCGCUCCUUCCACCCCCCCACCCCCCGCCCGUCGGGCCGCCCUCCCCCCGCGCGCCGCCCGGACCAGGCCGGAAGCAGCCGGGAGAACGGGGUACGCGGCCCCAGCCAUCCGGGACCCCGCAUUCCGGUCCCGCGGGAUCGGAGUUUGUGAAGGGCCUGGGGGUGGGGGGUGAUGAUCAACCCCCUCUCAUUAAAUGGGGGUUGCAGCGCCCGGGCGGUAGCCAUGGCAACGCAGACGUGUAGGGCGAGGAGUCUAGCCCGGAGCGUGGGCGGUCUGCCCCGCCCAGCCGGGCCUCACCUGCGCGCCGCUUAGGACCGAGAGGCUGAGGCCACGGUUGCGAGCCUUACACCCGGGUGUUGAGAUACAGCAAAGGAGCCGUUCCCCGUCCUGCCUGAGUUCGAAGGACUUGUGCCCCACACCUGCUCUGCCUGUUCUAUAACCACCAUCUUGACCGUCCCCAACGCACCUCGCCCAGCGCCCGGAGCGCUCUCAUUCCCUUCUAGAUCCCGGCCCUUGCGGCCAUCCUCCCCGGCCAACUUUCUUCACCUGGUCUCCUAGGCGCCAGCUUCUCCUCUUCUCACCUGGCCCUGCCCACCUUUCCUUCUUUCAGUACUCCACAACACCCAACCUCUCCUUCCGGCCCCCACCCCUGGCUGUUUGAAGAGAGCCCGGGCUUUGGACCUGAGUUUGCGCCAUCACUAAGCCAUGUAACCUGACACCCCUCCCCCGACUUAUUUGCUCAUUGACAAGUAAGGGGUGAUACCACCAUAGCUGGGCUGUGUAAGCAGAGCAUACUGGCAGCGAAGGGUCUUAUUUCCUUCCCUCCUCCACGGCCGGUACCUGGAGCCAUGCAGAGCUCAGAAGGCUUGAGCAAGUCUGGACUCCCUCCUUGGAAAACACCUGGGUCUUCCUGGGAAGGAAACCCUGGGCAGAGGUUCUCUCCUGAGGGCGUCUUACGUAGGGCCGUUCGCACCCGGGCUUGCCAAUGGCAAUCUGUGGAGCCAGGACCGGACCCAUCCUGAAGGCUUUUGAAGGACUCUGGCUCAAGGCCAUUGGCAUAGUGUCCAGAAAGGGAAACAUCUGCAUAUACGUCACCUGGAAGCCUCUAAGGUUAGAGGGCUCUAAGUCGGGGAAGCCCGAGUCUUCCGUAUCCGCCACUUCACUAAGGCCUGAUGCCAGGCUACUCUCUACCAUCACACCCACAGACUCCCAUGGGGUGGGGGUGGGGGUGCUGGCUGGAUUUAUGUUAACUUGACAGAAGCUUGAGUUAUCUGAGAGAACUUCAGUGGGAAAAAUCUCUCCGUCUUAAUUAGUGAUUGACAGGGGAAGGCCCAGUCCACCGAGGGCGGGGUCACCCCUGGGCUGAUGGCCCUGGGUUCUGUAAGAAAGCGCGUUGAGCAGUAAGCGGCACCCCUCCAUGAGGAUCUGGCCCUGCUUGAGUUCCUGUCCUGUCCGGUCCUGUUCCUGUCAGUGAUUAACAAUGAUGUGGAAGUGCAAGCCAAAGAAACCCUUUCCUCCCCAACA